UUUUUUCUUUCUUUUUUGCCUUACCACUCCUAUCUACCUUUAUUUCCCUCAUUCACAGUUGCUUCACAUUCACCAAAUGGUUUUACCACUUUUGAAGCCCGCAAUGCGGUCAUCUCGACCAUGGGGUCAUCUACGAACAUUGGCCACAGCUUCUUCACACCCUCCCAAAGACUGUACACGGAUUACACCACCGUAUCAAAAGCUAGUCUCGAAUCUGGAGAAGGUCAAGCGGGCGCUGGAUCACCGACCCAUGACGUUAUCAGAGAAGAUUCUAUACUCACACUUAGCCGAUCCAGGGGAGGCCAAGCCUAUCCGUGGUCAAACAUAUUUAAAGUUGUCACCAGAUCGUGUUGCUAUGCAGGAUGCAUCCGCCCAGAUGGCAAUUCUACAGUUCAUGCUAGCAGGCAUGCCUACAACUGCUGUGCCAACUUCUAUUCACUGUGACCAUCUUAUCGUUGGUCAUAAAGGUGCAGCUCAGGACUUGGUCAACUCAAUUGAAAAUAACAAAGAGAUCUUUAAUUUUUUGCAGUCUGCAGCAGAGAAAUAUGGCAUGGCCUUCUGGAAGCCAGGCAGCGGUAUUAUCCAUCAGAUCGUGUUGGAAAACUAUGCAGCACCUGGUCUGUUGAUGCUGGGAACGGACAGUCAUACUCCAAAUGCAGGAGGCUUGGGAGCUAUCGCCAUCGGUGUCGGUGGCGCUGAUGCAGUUGAUGCCAUGGCCAAUAUUCCUUGGGAGCUGAAGGCUCCUGAAGUCAUUGGUGUCAAGCUGACAGGCCAGCUCAACGGAUGGACCUCACCUAAAGACGUCAUUCUUCAUUUGGUGGGCAAGCUGACUGUGCGGGGAGGAACAGGCCAUAUCGUCGAGUACUUUGGCCCGGGCAUUGACACUUUGUCAUGCACAGGAAUGGGUACCAUCUGCAACAUGGGUGCAGAGGUAGGUGCGACAACCUCGGUCUUCCCAUUCGUCAACAGCAUGUCUGCAUAUCUUCAUGCCACAGGACGGGGUCCCGUAGCGGAAGCUGCUCGUCAACACGCCCAUUUCCUUCGAGCGGAUGAGGGCGCUGUUUACGAUAAAGUGAUCGAAAUUAAUCUGUCAACAUUGGAACCACACAUCAAUGGACCUUUCACUCCGGAUUUGGCCACGCCACUCUCAAAGUUUGCGGAGGUUGUCAAGAAGAACGGUUGGAAGGAUGAGGUAAAGGUGGGGCUGAUUGGAAGCUGUACCAACAGCAGCUAUGAAGAUAUGGAUCGUGUCACCAGCUUGGCUAAACAAGCAGUCGAGAAGGGUAUCAAGUCAAAGGCGGGAUUCUUUAUUACCCCUGGUUCUGAACAGAUCAGGGCAACGAUUGAAAGAGAUGGCCAAACUGCUAUCAUGGAACAGGUGGGAGGUGUUGUUUUGGCGAAUGCAUGCGGGCCUUGCAUUGGACAAUGGAAACGUGACGACUUGAACGAGAAGGAGGAAAACGCCAUUCUCACUUCGUUCAACCGUAACUUCAAGAAUCGUAAUGACGGAAACGCAACUACUAUGAACUUUUUGACUUCCCCUGAGUUGGUGACCGCCAUGUCACUCUCAGGCAAGCUUACCUUCAAUCCUAUGACGGAUCCUCUUUUGGACUCUACUGGAAAAGAGUUUAUGCUCCAGCCCCCAUAUGGCGACAACCUACCUAAAGAAGGCUUCAUUUCAGGCGAUCUCUCCUAUGCUCCUGGUGAUACUAUUCAGCCUAAUCCUUCAGUUGAAAUCAAAGUCGACCCAAAGUCGAAUCGAUUGCAGGUGUUAGAGCCCUUCGGGCCAGGACCCAAUGGCGAGUUUGAGGAUCUGCAGGUGUUGCUUAAGGUCAAGGGCAAAUGUACCACCGAUCAUAUUAGUGCCGCAGGGCCCUGGCUGAAAUAUAAAGGCCAUCUUGAGAACAUCUCCCAUAAUACUCUCAACGGUGCCUUGAAUGCUGAUAACGACAAAAUCAACGUCGUCAAGAACGUUUUUACUGGUGAAGAAGGAGCUAUCCAUGAAGUUGGACGUCAAUAUCAAAAGUUGGGGAAGCCAUGGAUUGUCGUUACUGAUCACAACUAUGGCGAAGGGUCUGCUCGCGAACAUGCUGCUCUUCAGGUCCGUUACCUCGGCUGCCCCAUGAUCGUAGCGCGUUCAUUCGCCCGUAUCCAUCAAACGAAUCUCAAAAAACAAGGUGUGCUGCCUCUCACAUUCGCUGAUCCUGCUGAUUGGGAAAAGAUGCAUGGAGGUGAUGUGAUAGAGUCAACCGUAGGUGUGGCCGACCUCAUCGCUGGCCGCCCUGGAAAGAACGACACGCCUGAAGGUGGUGAGAUCAUUCUGAUUGUCCGCCGUCCCAAUGGGGAGAAGUACGAGAUUAAGGCUUUGCACACCAUGAGCAAAGACCAAGUCGAGUGGUUCAAGAAAGGAAGCGCCUUGAAUGCAGCACGCGGUUAAAAUAAAAUUAGCAUCAUGUAG